UUUAAAUCUUUGCUCUGUUUCAGACUGAAGUGAUGAAAGAGGCUCUAAAGGAUCUAAAUUUGAACAUAGUGGAAAUGACGGAUGAGAAUGCAACGCUGGAUGGAGGAGACGUUCUGUUUACAGGUCGAGAAUUCUUUGUUGGUCUUUCUAAACGGACAAAUCAGAGAGGAGCAGAGAUUCUAGCUGAUGCAUUUAAGGACUAUGCUGUUUCCACUGUGCCUGUGCUGGAGGGGCUGCACCUGAAGAGCUUCUGCAGCAUGGGAGGACCAGGGCUUAUCAUCAUCGGCUCCAGUGAACCAGCUCAGAAGGCUCUUAAAAUUAUGCAGCAAAUGAGCGACCAUCGCUAUGACAAGCUGACGGUGCCAGAUGACAUUGCUGCUAACUGCAUCUACAUGAAUCUUCCCAACAAAGGACACGUGCUUCUUCACUGCACGGCGGAGGAGUUUCCAGAGAGUGUGAAGGUGUUUGAAAAGCUGAAAGACCACAUGCUGAUUCCUGUGUCCAAUAUGGAGAAAGUUAAAGUGGACGGGGCUCUCACAUGCUGCUCUGUGCUCAUCAGCAAGAAUCCAAACAUCUGAGCAUGUUGAAAAGUGAUCUUUCAGUGCAUGCUAAUCAAGCACUGCAGCUGGUAUACAGCUUAAUGUUGAACAAAAAGAGCAAGUUAGAGGAGAGAUGAGCACUUUCAGUAAUUUCUAUUACAUAAAAUCUAAAGGGAACCAUCAGGUCAUCUCUCCAGUACACUGAAAUUAGAAUAAGACGAGUUAAAAUGUGAGAGUAGUUUAGAUGAUAAACAUAAAGCAUCAGGUUACCAACAUCUUUUUAAAGAAAUCAGGAUUGAUAAUCGAGCUAUUUUGCCCUAAAAUUUAAAACCGACACUGUUCAAUAUGUUAAAAGUGAACAACAGGACCAAAACAGCUGUCUCUUCUAAUGUUAGAUAUUGUUUAAAAUCAGUAGAGGGAUGUAUGUGCCAUGUUGAUUUACAUCCUUGAACCUUAUGAAGAUUCAUAGCUUAUGUAUUGACUAAUCUGUGAAUACCAUUCAGUGUUUAUGACUCACAGAGAAGCUCAAUGAAAUUAACACAGAUUCAAUAGAUUCCUAUUUUGUCAUUGUAAGCUGAAAUAUUAAUAACAUUGUUCUGCAGAUCUAAAAGAAGAUGUGUAUAGAGUUAGGCUAUAUUGUUUACAUGCACCAUUUUGACUGUGAUUUACCUUUUGUGUGAUCUUGUGCCUACAUAGUGUGAGUAAACUUACAUUUUUAAAGAAAUGUAUUCUGGACCAAUAUCAAAGAAACCAGUUCAACUAGAACUGUCACCUAAAGUUUCACUUUUAUUACCCAUUCACAGCAAAAUUCUGACUGUUUCCAUACACUUGGUGCUGAAUCUAAUUCUGAAAAUACAUAAAUAUGUUUAAAAAUGACAAUGUAGCAAAAAGCUUGAAAAGUCUUUUGGUAUGAUGAUUGUAAUCUUUUUUUUAAAUCCAUUCCUGUUUUAAUGUUUAAAUUUCUGCCCUUCAAAAUCCAUUAGCACUCUUACUUUUAAUAACUUGCUUAAACAAAUUGCUCGUUAAAAUCCAGUUUGCUAUCUAAUACUACACAACCACCAACAGUUUCAGCAUAUUUGUUGCAAAAAAGAAAAGACUAAUUAAAAAAUACUGUACCAACCAUGCAUAGGUCAUGAAUGUAGUGCCUUGCAUAAGAAAUCACACACAUUCAACUAUGUUUUACAUUUUAAUCAUGUUAAAACCACAGAUAUUGUAUUUCACUUCAUGUAAUAGAACAACAGAAGUCUGAUACCGCCAAAUAGCAACUGCAGCAACCAACCGCCUUUAGAAGUAAACUACUUAGUUAAUAGUGCCACGUUUGUGGGAUUACAUUUCAAUAUUAAUGCAGUUGUUCCUUAAAGAUCUGAUAUUAGACAAACAAUCAUGAAGACCAAAAAACACAAUCAUUGUGUGGUGGGAUAAAAUGCGGAGACGUUUACUCCAGGGUUAGAUUAUACAACCCUAUGCCAACCUUUGAAAACCUCUUUUCUUAGUUGAACAAACCAUUUCCACUUUGAAACAAAGUGUUGUCAUCGUCAUACUGUUAAGUUGCUUUUUAUCAGCAGGAGCUGGUAAGAGAUGAUGGGAAAUAUGACCAUAGUUUAAGGCAGGGCAAUACUGGAAUAAAAGCUGACUGAGAUAGAUAUUCAUGCAUUGCUUUGUGGUAAAAUAUCACAUAAAAUACAAGGUACAUACAUUAACAUUUGUGGUUUGACAUGACAAAAUGUAGAAAAUACUUUUUAAGGCACUGUAUGUUUUUAUUGAAACCAACACAACCUUCCUUCCUACUUCUGCCAGUGCCUUUGUGGAAAAUCAAUGACUUUUCUCCCACUGAACGACUCUGAGGUUGCUGCACUUUCUCCAACAUCAUUAGUUCUGCCUGUGUUUUUGAUUACACUGGAUGUUUGUUAUUCUUGUUUGGCAGUUUUUCCUUCAGAAACUGAUGUAUGCCAUCCUGUCAGCACUCUCUGCAGCACAAAAUUCAACAGGACCAAAUGUGAUUGCAGUCAGUUUUCAGAACCAGUUAACCACAGUCGUGUGAUGAGCUUCCAGCAGAAGCCAACCUUAUGUUGCUGCUGCUUAAGUAGCUUCAUUUCCGUUGUUGGUGAAUUCGUGUUUGAGGCCUGUAAACAUGACAACACGAUAAAUACAAACACAUGUUCUAUAAUAACCCUGCAUGUCCAUCACAUCUGAGGCAGCUCUGGUUCUCGGUGUGAUUGUCUGUGAAAGUUGAGGAAAUGACAUCAAGAGGUGACUCAACCUCCCCCCAUAGACAUUAGCGUAUGGGCAAGUGGGCAGUGAUGAAACAUGGAAAGAAUUCAUGUCGGGAGGAAAAGCAGCUUGGGGAG